GGACUUGCUCCUCUGUAGCCUCUCGCUUGGGGGCGUGGUACGAGACAACCACACAGUAGAUGUUUGUGUAAUGAGAAAGGGUUUUCAGGCCUUUGCAAUGGCCCCAUUCCUCAGGCAGUGGCUGUGGCUCAGGCUCAGAGGAGCAUCGGCGGGGAGCUGGAGAGCCUUCGCUCCUGGAUGCCCACUGCCUGAUGGAAGACAAACUUCACCCAGAAGGAGGGUGGGGGAGGCUGCCAUUUAUAGAGCCCCUCCUGUGGGCCAGACCUGCCUGGAGGUUGACACGCGGGCUCAUUCCCUCCCCCAGCAGCACUGUCCAAGGAUCCCUUUUCUCCCUUCUGUGCUAGAAGAGCCCUUCACCCACCGCCCUGCACUCUGGUGCAGUCACUGGGUGCUGCCUUGGAUCGCGUAAGCAUUGCACCCUGGCUUAAUUGCCCAAGGACUGACUGCAGAGUGUGCUUUGGCAUUGAACAGUAUAAUUGUGGGCCUAAGGGGGUUGCUGUCUGGGACAUGACUAAUCAGAAUUAUCACAGGACAAUAUUCCUGCCUCUUGCCUACCACCCUGGAUUCUGAUAUACAUUUAUCAGGGGGGAGGAGGGUUAAGAAUCUUGGGCAGGAUGUAUGUAGCUUGAAAAAGCUCUUGGUUGUCCUAGUUCCUUCUCAGCCAGGCAUUUAGCCUUGCUUUUGGUGUUAUUUAUAGGUUUCAGAAUUUUAUUGUGAUUCCCAUGGAAGAGAAGUCUUUGCUUAAGGUCACCCACCCCCACCAGGGUUUCUUGCUGCCUGGCCUGCUGGCCUUUCUGCCAUGCCACACUCCCUUAAAAGCCAGUGGCUGCCCUGGUUGGAGAUUCAGAUGCCUGCUGGAUGCCGUGAGCAAUUGUGCAAAUCUUCCAGGCUGCAGCCUGAGUGAUUCUGACAGGCUGUUAGUGCAGCUGUUGGCAUGUGGGCUGUGACACACACAGGGAGUCCCUGGCUACCGUCAUCCGAGAGAGCCCUGUGUGCCCAAGACAGGGAUCUUACCUCUGGGGUGCUCAGGAUCUCAGAGCAAAGACAAGCAGCUACACAGUGUGCUGAAGGGCUCUUGGUUCUGGAACCAAACCCACACAGGCAGACUAAUUCCACCUACAAGGAUCUGAGAAGGCAUUUGGAAUUCGAGUUUUGAAAGGAGGAUGUGAGGAGGCAAGUCUGAGCAGAGCGGGCUGUGUGUGUGCAUGUGUGCCUGUGUGUGCAUAUGUAAGCGUGUACUUCUCUGCGUGUACAUAUUUGUUCUCAGCAAACCCUGUGAUCCCAAGGGACUGGUCCAUCUGUUGAUGGACAGAAGGACUAAUGAGGUAAGGCGACAGAGUCCCAUCCAUGAAGGACUCUGAGGAAAGGAGCUUAGACUUCCCUCUCUUCGUGUAGGACACCAAAGGGUUAGAGCAGAGCAUACAGUCAGAGGUGUUUGUUUUUAGUUGGAACAAACCUCAGAGGGUAUUAUAAAGGGUUUGGAGGAAGAAGGAAGAAGGGGAGAAACUAAAGUUUGCUCACACUUACCAGGUCUUUAACUUACCUUGUUUCAUUUAAUCCUCCCACGAACCAAGGAAGUGGAGCCAUAACUGUGGUUACCAGAUCAGGAUCCACGGCUCUGAGGGGUUAAGGAAACAGCCUGGGAAUUUUGGGAACUGAGUUACAGCCGGGUCUGAUUGCCUCCGAGCCCAUGGUUUCUAGAGACAUGGGCUCCCUCCGGCCCUAAAAGCAGGACAGGGUGCUCUCCUAGCCCAGGUGGCCCUAGGGGACUGGCAACUACGGGUGGGAGGCAGCUCAGGAGGAGAGGGCCAUUUAAGGCACAGCAACCUCUGGCUUCUGCGGGUCAUGGAGCUGGGUGUGACACUGCCUCUCAGGCUUGAAAGGGACCUUCCAGGUUCUUCCAAGCACUUUUCUGCUUAAUACGUCAUUGGUCCUCGCUUCACCCUUGGCCUAGGAAGCAAGGGGCUUGACUAGGUCCAGCUCUGCCCCUCGUCUUCCGUGUGAUUUGGCGGAGCAAGUCACUUGCCUUCACUGGGCCUCCACGUUCCCAUCUGCACAAUGAAGAGCAGUUUCGUGUGUGUGUGUGUGUGUGUGUGUGUGUGUGUGUGUGUGUAACAGAGAGUGUGUGCAUGCAUGGAUAUGUGUGUAAGCAUGUGCUCGCAUGUGUUCUUUCUCAGCAAACUUGAAUGAAGAGCACGACCAGAUCACCUCUAGGCCUUCCUGCUGUGUUCUCUCCCUGUAGGAUGGGUGCUACUGGCAUCAUCACUCCCAUUUUAUAGUAGAUGAAGGUGGAGUCCUGUGAGGGAAUCCUGGGUAAGGAGGGACAAAACCACACUGUUCUUUUCCCAACAUCCUCAAUUUCGAAACUCCUGCUGGUUAACUGUGGUCCUGCUGGAUGGACCCAUGGCAGCUGUGGCUGAACAUGGGGGUUGAAUCUGGGGCAGCUGGAAUGCCCGAGUAAUCACACUGCUCUGGGUUGCUAGAUUUUCCAGUUUGUAGAGUUCAUACGUGCCAGGCUCUAUGCUCACUGCUGGGGACACAGAGGUGAAUCUGACUUGGUCCCUGCCCUCCAAGAACCCACUGAUCAUGCUACAGGUUUCAGACAUUUUUUUUUGCCUGUGACUCCUAGUAAGAAAAUCAUUUUAUGUUAUGACAAAGCACACACAUGUGCACACACACAUGUGUUACAUAUAUAAAACCAAAGUCGUGUCAUACACUCUGGUGUUUUCUAGUCUUUCCACUUUUUUAUUUAUUUAUUUUUUUAGGGCUGCACCUGCAGCAUAUGAAGGUUCCCAGGUUAGGAGUCAAAUCAGAGCUGUAGCAACUGGCCUACACCACAGCCACAGCAAUGCCAGAUUUGAGCCGUGACUGCCAUCUACCCCAGAGCUCACAGCAACACCAGAUCUGUAACCCACUGAGCAAGGCCAGGAAUGGAACCUGCAUUCUCAUGGAUGCUAGUCAGAUUCGUUUCCACUGAGCCAUGACCGGGAACUCCACCCGCUUUUUUUAAAGUGCAAGUGGCAACCUAUGAUGUGGAUUCCAUAACCUACUAGUAGGAGGUGACCCUCCAGGGCAAGAAACACAGCUGUGUGUUACGCAUAAUGCAUAUAUUGUAUUGUGUAUAGGUUAUGUGCUGUGGGAAAAGAGAGCAAGGAAUGGGUUCUUUUGAUUGGGAAAAUCAGGGAAAUCCCCAGUUCAAGUGGCACUUGAGCUGUGUUUGGAUGAAUAAUAGGAUUUCAGUCAACAGAGAAAGGGGAAAGGCGGCCAGAUUGAAACCACGGCAGGAGCAGGGAGACAUGAGAGGGCCCCACAGAAGAGCUAACAUUGCUGCGCCUGGCAUGGGAGCAGGGCCUUUCUCGGGCCAUCAUGCAGUUCUCACAGUGACCCCAGGAGACAGCUCUUUAUAGCUUCAUGGUAAGGAUGAAGAUAUUGAGGCUCAGGGAAGUUAUGUGCCUUGCCCAGGGUCACAUGGCUUCUGAGUGGUAGGGCCAAGAUUUGAACUCAGGCAGUUCCACUGAGACCUAAAUAUGAAGUGCCUAGAGUUUUCACCCUAAAGAUACUUUGGGGCUAUUUCAAGAGGAUGCACGACUACUAGUCUAAAAUUUUAAAUUUCAUUCUGGAGGUAAGAGGAAAAACAGUAUACAUUUUUGAAAAAGGGAAUUGGUAAAUGAUCAAAGUUUUAUUUGGGGGAAGAGUUCAAGGAGAGGCAAGGACCCCUGUCAGGAGAAGGGAGCAGCAUCUUUCUGCCCAGGUCAGCAGCCUCAGAGACCAGUACAUCGCAUUUAUCUCAGAGAUGCUGUGAGUACAUUGCUCAUAUAUUACAUGCUGAUGAGAAAGUACCACAUGAAAGGAGAAUGAAAACUGAUUCCCUUUUUACUUUGGCUGCUAGGAAGCCCAGUGCUCCAAUCUGUGAUGUUCUUCCAGGGAGCAUUCAAGAAUUCCAAUAAGCCUCUUAUACAUUCAUUUUGCCUUGCCUUAGUUGUCCUUCCUUCACUUUCCUAUAAUCUGAAUUGUAUCACCUGCUUAAUUUUUCACCCUGCUGUAAGAUAUACAUUUAGCUAUAGUGCCUUAAAGCAAACUUUAAGCAAAAUAUGAGUAAAGCACACAGAAGUAACUGGAAAACAUUUUUUUUUUUUGCAGACAAGAUUGGAAGCUCCUAGAGAGUGGGGAUUGUCUUUCCAUCUCCUAAGGCUUCUGUCCCAGGGCUGGGUGCCAAGUGGGUACAUCACGUAGAUGUGAACCUUGGACUUUUGGAGCUGGCAAGGGCCUGCAGGAUCCCUGUUUAUUCAAGAACAGAUGUGGCUCACCAGUGGUGCCCAGGAUGGCUUCAGUGGAGCUGUGAUGAACUUGGUUUGGUUUAAUUGUCACAUACUUAUUUAGUGUCUAAUAGAAACAAGUGUCACUAACGCAUCAAACCAGUCUUGUCAUGGAUAAAAUUGAUUAGAACCAGGCUUGGGCAGAUAUUUAAAUUUUAGAGUCAAUUUAAACAAAAUUGUAAUAUAAAUAUGAUUAAAGCGAUUUGUAGAAAAUGUGUUGACAGUAGUACACAAAUUCUGACGUUUGGAUGACCCCAAUUCAGUUACCCUCCCCCCGCCCCCCGCAUAUGACAAAUGACAAAUCUGAUGCCCAGGAAGGACCUUGACUGUGGGUCUUGUAGGAAUUUUGAAGCCACAGGACUGAAGAGAGCCUUCCCCUUCCGACCUCACAUGGCCCCACGUCUUGUUUUGGAGUCGUUUUUAUAUUUCCAGCGUGCCUUCUGUCUUUGACUCACUCCCCUGCUUUUCCCCCAGCCCCAUAAGGCUUGCAUAGCAGGGGUGAUUGAGUCUCCUGUUUUGCAGAUGAGCAGACUGAGUCCCAGAGGUGGGGGGGGCCUGCUGUUACCCAGCCAGCUGUGGUGGACCGGGGUGAGAGCCUUUCCAGGCUGCCCCGCUGUGUGUGUCAGGCAGGGUCAGCAGGGAGCCCGUUUCUGUGAUGAAAUCCCCCAGCAAAUGGUAGAAAGUGGGCUGGGCAAAAGCAAGGCAGUCUGCUGGCCUAGCGCCACUCGGGAGCAGUGUGAACCGUACCUCCUGAUUCCACGUCGCUCCACUUCCAGGAAGUUACUGCUUUCUGAGCCCAGAUGUUCUCCUCGCCUGCUUGUGCACAGGCUUGUUCCUCAGCUCCGUGCGGAUGGGCGACUUCGGCAGUGAACAUUCUCAGCUAUAGACGGCUGCCAACCCUGCCAGUGCCCAGUGUGGGGACCUUUCCGGCCAUGUCCUGGCGUCCGCAGUACCGCAGCUCCAAGUUCCGGAACGUCUACGGCAAGGUGGCCAACCGGGAGCACUGCUUCGACGGCAUCCCCAUCACCAAGAAUGUGCAUGAUAACCAUUUUUGCGCCGUCAAUGCCCGUUUCCUGGCCAUCGUCACCGAGAGCGCAGGAGGUGGCUCCUUCCUCGUCAUCCCUCUGGAGCAGACGGGCAGGAUUGAACCCAACUACCCCAAAGUCUGCGGUCACCAGGGCAACGUGCUGGACAUCAAGUGGAACCCCUUUAUCGACAACAUCAUUGCCUCAUGCUCGGAGGACACGUCGGUGCGGAUCUGGGAAAUCCCCGAGGGCGGGCUGAAGCGGAACAUGACGGAAGCUCUCCUGGAGCUGCACGGGCACAGCCGGCGUGUGGGGCUGGUGGAGUGGCACCCCACCACCAACAACAUCCUGUUCAGUGCCGGCUAUGACUACAAGGUCCUCAUCUGGAACCUGGACGUGGGUGAGCCAGUGAAGAUGAUAGACUGCCACUCAGACGUGAUUCUCUGCAUGUCCUUCAACACCGACGGCAGCCUGCUCACCACCACCUGCAAGGACAAGAAACUGCGCGUGAUUGAGCCCCGCUCCGGCCGCGUUCUGCAGGAGGCCAACUGCAAAAACCACAGAGUGAACCGGGUGGUCUUCCUGGGAAACAUGAAGCGGCUUCUCACAACGGGGGUCUCCAGGUGGAACACGAGACAGAUUGCCCUCUGGGACCAGGAGGACCUGUCCAUGCCCUUGAUCGAGGAAGAAAUCGAUGGGCUUUCUGGCCUCCUGUUCCCCUUCUACGAUGCUGACACCCACAUGCUCUACCUGGCUGGAAAGGGAGACGGAAACAUCCGGUACUACGAGAUCAGCACUGAGAAGCCCUACCUGAGUUACCUCAUGGAGUUCCGCUCCCCAGCCCCGCAGAAAGGCCUAGGGGUCAUGCCCAAGCACGGGCUGGAUGUGUCUGCCUGCGAGGUGUUCCGAUUCUACAAGCUGGUGACUCUCAAGGGCCUGAUCGAGCCCAUCUCCAUGAUCGUCCCCCGGAGGUCGGAUUCCUACCAGGAAGACAUUUACCCCAUGACGCCAGGCACGGAGCCAGCUCUGACCCCCGAUGAAUGGCUGGGAGGCAUCAACCGAGAUCCCGUGCUGAUGUCUUUGAAGGAAGGCUAUAAGAAGUCCUCCAAAAUGGUAUUCAAGGCGCCCAUCAAAGAAAAGAAGAGCGUUGUGGUCAACGGAAUAGAUUUAUUAGAAAAUGUCCCACCCAGGACAGAGAAUGAGCUCCUCCGAAUGUUCUUCCGGCAGCAGGAUGAGAUUCGGAGGUUGAAAGAGGAGCUGGCCCAGAAGGACAUCCGCAUUCGGCAGCUGCAGCUGGAACUGAAAAACUUGCGCAACAGCCCCAAGAACUGUUAGCUCCCCGGCUGGGCUGUUUCUAAGCCAAUCUCUCCGUUGUUUCUACUCGUCCCGUAACUUCCCUGUAUCCGGUGACCCCAGAGACAGAGCCAGGACUGGAGCUGGGGGAGAGCCUGAGGACCCCACCUGCCACCUCGAGAACUGGAAGCUUACCUUUGACCUCUUGACCUCAUGCUAAUAAAAGCCCCCAGCCUCUCCUGGAGACUCAGGCCGGCAGCCCCACUCCCGGCUGCCCCAGGAGCCUCAGCUUCCCCUCGGCUGGGCAAAGGCCAAGGACUCCCAGAGGGGUGCCCUCCGUGGACCAGGGAGUGGAGGGGGAUGCCAGGACCCCAGUAGAUUUAGAAGUUGAACGUUUUCCCUACAAAGGGGGCUGCUGGGACAUCUCCGUGCUCCCUGCUGGGGCUCACAGCGGCCCUGAUGGACACACAGGAAGGGCUGGAUUGCAGCUGGUCUCCCUCCCCCUGACCCCAGCCCUGGAAGCCUGAUUCAGCUGACAAGGGCUACAAGCAGCCCAGCUCCUUUGUCUCUUGCCCCCCUCUCUUAUCUUCAGGGAAUUAAGAGGAUUGCUCGCCAAGGCCAUAAUGACCCCUUUGCCUUCCCAUGAUGCUCUUCAAAGCUCUGGCAACACCCUUUUCCCGUUUACUUUGUGAGGCAGGCAGGGUAAGGAAUAGUGUCCCCCAGAUUUUACAAAUGACUGAACCAAGGGUUGCAACGGGGAUGUGACUUACUAAGUCACUCAGCACGUGAACAGUGGACCCAGGACUAGCGGUGUCCAGACCGCGGGCCUGGCCCUUCCCACCGCAUCAAGAUGCCAAUCCCACAGGGGCUUCGCCAGGGCCCAUGUCUCUGUGGAGGAGCAGGACUGGGAGCCACCUUUACCGCCUCCCCACACCAGUAGUGCCAAUGUGUCACACUGCCCAGUUGAGGCCCCUCGCACUCAGUGCCCCUGCGUCCUCCUGGCCCCACCCUCUGCUCUCGGCCCAGGGGGCUCCCUCUGAGAUGAGGCCUCUUUCUGGAAGCGGAGGCUGAGAAGGGGGGUGGUCUGGCCCCAGGAAGGCAGGGCAGGGGCCUGAUGGCUCUGAAGGCUGCUCUGCGCACCUCUCACCCCCACACUCUCAGCCUCGUUCAGCCUUACGCUAGUAGAACCACCACAGCCCCUCACGUCGGUGUAGCACUUUAAAGUUUACACAGCUCUUCGACACAUAGGAUCCCAUUUGAGCCUCACCUCAGCUCCCAGAGGCAGGGAGCGUUCUCCCCAUUUUGCAGAUGAGGAAACUGAGAAGUGGCCCAAGGUCCCAGGACCUGGGAGAUGCCACAUUUCACUUGGUCUUCUACAAUUUUCUUUUUUUCUUCCUUUUCUCCCUUCAUUUCUCACUACCUACGAGUCGGUGAACACUGUUCUCAGAAAAGUCAGUUAGGGGGUGACUUUGAGAUCCGGACUGGAGAUCAAGAAAUGAGUGUCCACUCUUCUCUCUCAUUAGCUAGAACCUGCUGCACGCAUUGUGCUCCACACCUGCUAGUCCCAAGGCCACCCUGCAGAAUAACCAUCCACAGAGGCGGGGCUCCUGAGGGCCCCUCUGGGUGACCUGGGCAGGGAAAACCCCCCAUCCCCUCGGGCUUUUCCUCCAAGAACCUUCCAGCCUCUCAGCCAGCUAAAGCAGGGUCUCCUCACCCCCCUAGACCCCACAGCUAGACUGUGUCAGCUCACAUCUCCUCCCCACACUUCUGCAGCUUUUUUUUCUUCCCCACUGACCUUCGUGGUCAUCUGUGAUUAUUUAUGCUGCCUCCUGAGGAUAGAAUUGAAAUAAAAUGUUUUCAACUUACCAUAUCUGGGCACAGCCAGCUCUUAACCUGGGUGGGUUCCUGCUGUUGGUCACCAUGGUUUCUGGACAGCCAGCUCCCCAGCCAGAGUCCCUUUGCUUUUCUGGAACAACAAACCAUAUCUGUAUCUACAGAUACCAUUUCGCACUUUGAUUCAUCUACAGCAAGACUUCUGAAGCUCGGCGCUGCUGGUAUGUGGGGCCAGAUAAUUCUUUGCCUUGAGGGCUGUCCUGUGCAGGAUGUCUGGGCAGCAUCCCUGGCCUCCACCAAUCAGAUGCCCCAGCGGCCCAACCCAGUGGUUAUAAAUAAACAUGUCUUCAGAUAUCACCCAAUGUCCCCUGGGGUAUCAGAAUCUCCCCCAGUUGGGAACCACUGUUCUGCUGUUACUCGGGAAGCUCUUCUCUGUAUCCAGCCCUGUGUUGGGGUCUGGAAGACACCAAUGUUUUAAACGGAAGGUGCUCCAGAGUUUAUAAAGCAC